UGUUACUUAUUCUGAUAAAUAGAUUUUCUGAAUUAAAGAAGAGAGAUGUAACAUAAUAGUAUUAUAUGUACAUUUGCACACUAGCGCGUCAGUGCAACACCGCUUGUGUUUACGUAAUAAAUGGAGUUCCUAAUAUGUCUUCCCUCUUAAACACUAGUUUGUUAUUUGUGUAGCACGAAUAUUCUACAGUGGCGCUAUGCUGUACAAAAUUGAGGUCUAAUGGACAACAUUUAACAAAAGCAGAGUUGAUACGAAGCUAAAUAAUAAAGAAAUUUGAAGAAAACAUAAAAAGAUGCAGGGAUUCCAAAUCUGGCUACUCGCCCUGGUCAUGACUGUGACUGGACUUCCUGACUCUUACUACAAAGCACGUCAGGCAUUUAUAGAUGAGGAAUUGGCCAUGAGAGUUGGGGCUAAACAGAUUCUUAACAUAAAAGAGCAAAAGGUGAACACAUUUCUGAUGAAUCUGAAGAAUCAAACAAUUCAACAAAGUAUCUGGACGACCACGCCCUACCCUCCCGCCAUAAGUUUCUUCAAGAGUAAACCUUGGAUAGACAACAGCACCAUUUACAAGAUCAUUAAGAUGAUGCCUAAAGGCGGUGUUCUCCACAUCCACAACACGGCCAUGACAUCCAUAGACUGGGUCAUCAAGACCUUCACCUACCUCCCAGAUGUGUACACCCGUGUAGAGAAUGGAACCUACCCAACCAGAUUGUACACUUACUCCUCUCAACACCCAGGAUCUGAUUGGACCUUGGUGUCUGAUCUGAGAGCAAGAGCACAAGAUCCCAAACAAUUUGAUGAGAGUUUAAUCUACGAGAUGUCGAUAUGGAGUGAGGAUCCAUUUCUUGCCUACCCAACUGUUAACGAUGUCUGGAAGAAAUUUCGUAACUACUUUACGUCACUUGGUGGACUUUUGAAGACAUCUGAACACUACAGAAUGUACUUCGAACAAGCUCUCAAAGAGUUUUACGAGGAUGGUGUGCAAUACAUAGAGAUCAAGACCACAUCAACGUCAGAGGAGUUUCUUAUCCAACACCAGAAUUUUGUAGACAACUUUAAAUCAAAAUAUGCAGAUUUUAUUGGAGUGAAACUUAUUAUAGGCGGGCGAAGGUCAGCAACUAAUCAAAGAGAUAUAGUCAACAAAACGUUGGAGUUGAUGAAAAAGUAUCCGAAUCUGAUCAAAGGAUUUGAUUUACUCUCACAAGAAGACGUCAACCAUUGGACCGUAGAAUUUGCAGACGAUUUGCUGAAAGAUAACCAAUCUCGUCUUCCGUACUUUUUUCACGCCGGCGAAACUGACUGGACACAGUGGGUAGAUUUCAACUUGGUAGAUUCAGUACUGAUGAAUGCUAGCCGUAUAGGUCAUGGCUAUGGAGUGUACCACCACCCUAAGGUCCUAGAGGCUGUCCUGAGGAAGCAUAUAGCCGUUGAGUUAAAUCCAAUAUCGAAUCAGGUUCUUGGUCUUGUCAAUGAUCUACGCAAUCAUCCGGGUGCCUAUCUCUUUGCUGUAGGCGCCCCUGUGGUCAUCAGUUCCGACGACCCAGCAUCCUGGCUCGCCGCACCGCUGUCUCAUGAUUUCUACAUGGCCUUCAUGGCCCUUGGAGCAGUUCACGAUGACCUGAGGCUUCUCAAGCAACUGGCCAUCAACUCGAUCACGUACAGUACGAUGACAGAUGAGGAAAGGGCAGAGGCCAUGACGAAAUGGCAGAGGAAAUGGGAGGAGUUUAUUGAUGCAGUCAUACGUCAGUUUCAACUCAAGUGAGGAAGUAGACUACUGCUGAUCUGGUCAAAAUGAGUUUCACGUGUUUCUUUGCACUCCCUGGUCCUGAAAAUGUUUUAUUUUAUUUUCGAGUGAAGACACUUUGGAUAUAGCUCAGUCUCGGCUAGUUAAAUAUCGUCGUAGACUUUUCUAAAUGCAUAUAAUGAUUAUUAAAUAUUGUUUUAUAUUUGAAGUAAAUUUAUCGGUAUUGUU